AUGUCUCACUUUGCAACUCCUUUUAUUACUGUAAACUUGGGCUGUGAGAUGAUUUAUGUCAUUGAACAAAGAUUGAAGGCCCAAAAUAUUGCAGCAGAGAAGUCCGAAAGAGUACUCACCGAUGUAGUAACAGUGCUGCUACACCCAACACUUUUAGAAGAGCUAUUUAUACCGCAGCCGGUCGCAACACAUGCAGUUGUCAAACAACUUCUUCAGGAUAUCUCGGCCACUUCUAUCAUGAAAUUAGACGAUUAUUCCAUGAGCAAAUUAUGGGAUUUAAUGACUAUGAUAUACAAAUGGCAGUUAUCGGUCGCUACAAAUCAAAACAUUUUUGACAUUACCCGGCGACAUUUAAAAAGUGUUGCCACUAUAAUGCCUAAAAAUUUCCCGAAAUGCAUCAUCGAGCAUACCAUGAGGAAAUUUGAGACGCUAGCUCAACGUUUUACAGACGAUGACUACAAAUGUUUAAGCAACACUCUAAUCCUCUGGUUUUCCGAAUACCACACAAAAAUAUCCGUCUUGCUAAGACUAGGAUUACAAAGAAAGGAUGGGACUUUCAAUUUGCCUUCAACAAUAAGUCCAAAUAUAAUAAAUAAUUUAGGGGAAAAUAUUUAUAAGUAUGAUAAUAAGAAGAAUUCUGUCGAGGAAUAUGAAAGUCGAUGCGCUGAUACUCAUGAGAUUAGUUGUCUUUUAGGACCCAUAGAAAAAGUGUCCACUGUAAAAGCUAAGGUAGAGUUACGGCUACCUAUAGAACUGAAUAACAAAGAAUCUCAGAAAAGAACCCUUGAAAUAAAUCGUGAUACUCAAUUCGAAACUAUUGUUAUGACUCAAAUUAGAAACAAAACAACUGAUCUUAAUUUCGUCUCUGAUAUGCCAAAAUCUCCUCAUGAAGAUUUAUUAGACAUGAUGGACGCAUUAGAUUUGGAGGAAUAAGUUGAUGAAAAUAAAAUUGUUUGUUUGUUUUUAUAAAUGUAACUUUAAAUAAGCAAAGAACCUUUUUUUACAAUAGGUACAUUCUGAUUAAUAAAGUAAAAAUUAAACAUCGUUAGCAACAUAUUAUAUCUAGAAUAUGAAUAUUUUUCUUUUAUGGGACAGUCCUGAAAUAAACUUUUUUCAUUCACUCAUUCAUUCAUAUCGUCUAAAUUAACUUGAGCUGAUAAACAUUUGUCAUCUCGUGAUGCCAUUAAAAAUGCAAUGUUGAACAGUAAAGGAGUAGUAUUCAAAUAAUUUGAAUAUGCCGUAACUUUGUUAUACUGGCAACAUUAAAGGAAACAAAAUGUUCCUAUUUGCG